AUGCAGAGGAAGAGCACGACGAAGAAACCGGAGCAAAUGGGUGCUUCCGGUUCGAGUCCGAAGGAGCAGCUGGAGAAAUCGGCUCCGUCCGAGCGCGAUCUGUCGGAGAAGCUGAACGAUUCGUUGGGGUUGGAGAACAAAGCGGUGAGAAAGGCUCGCGUCUUCUUCGCCGAUCCUGACACCACCGAGUCCUCCAGCGACGACGAGGAUGAGGAAGGUGGGAGUGGAUCGAAGAAAACGAAGAAGAUGAAGAAGAAGAAGAAGAGGAAGCGAGUUAGGUAUGAGAUUCCCUUGAUUCGUACGGACAAAACCCUAGAAACCCGCAAAAUAUCGGGGCCGUCGAGUGCAUCCUCAUCCGCCUCCGGGAGGCAGAAGGGGGUGAGGCAGCGGCCGUCAGGGAAGUGGGCAGCCGAGAUCAGGGACCCCAUCCGUCGCGUCCGCCUCUGGCUAGGCACCUACCCCACCGCCGAGGCGGCAGCCGGAGCCUACCUGGCCGCCUCCAGACAAUUGGAGGAGGAGAAGCGGCGCUUCGUCCGUCCCACCGAGGCUACUCCACCAACAUCUCCUCGGCCAUAG